GCCCGCGCCGCGCUCGCCCUCGCCCUCCGAAGCUGCCGACGGAGCCGCGGGCGCAGCGCUUCGCAGGGACACCGCUGGGGCCGCGCCAGCCUCCGACUUCCUCCCGGCGCCGCCUCCGAUUGGCUCCCGGGCGCGUAAGAGCCAGGGACGGCGGCCGGGCAGCCAAGCGCCGGAGCUCCCGCUGGCAGCGCCCUUCUCCCGCGGAGGGCGGGCGGGCAAGCGAGGCGGCAUGCGGGCGUCCUGCGUGCUGCUGGCCGCGCUGGCCGCGCUGGCCGCCUACUACGUGUACAUCCCGCUGCCCGGCUCCGUGUCCGACCCGUGGAAGCUGAUGCUGCUGGACGCGACUUUCCGGGGCGCACAGCAAGUGAGUAACUUCGUACACUACCUGGGACUGAGCCAUCACUUGCUCGUCCUGAAUUUUAUCAUUGUUUCUUUCGGCAAAAAAACUGCCUGGUCGUCUGCCCAAGUGAAGGUGACUGACACCGACUUUGAUGGCGUGGAAGUCAGGGUGUUCGAAGGCCCUCAAAAGCCAGAGGAGCGGCUCCAGAGGAGCGUCGUAUAUGUCCACGGAGGAGGCUGGGCCUUGGCAAGCGCAAAAAUCAGGUAUUAUGAUGAGCUGUGCACAGUAAUGGCUGAGGAAUUGAAUGCUGUGAUUGUCUCCAUUGAAUACAGGUUAGUUCCUAAGGUUUAUUUUCCUGAGCAAAUUCACGAUGUUGUACGUGCCACAAAGCAUUUCCUGCAGCCAGAAGUCCUACAGAAGUAUAUGGUGGACCCAGGCAGAAUUUGCAUUUCUGGUGACAGUGCUGGUGGAAAUUUGGCUGCUGCCCUCGCACAACAGUUUAAUCAAGAUGCCAACCUGAAAAAUAAGCUCAAACUGCAAGCUUUAAUUUAUCCAGUUCUUCAAGCUUUAGAUUUUAACACACCCUCUUAUCAACAAAAUGUGAACACCCCAAUCCUGCCCCGCUAUGUCAUGGUGAAGUAUUGGGUGGAUUACUUCAAAGGCAGCUAUGACUUUGUGCAGGCAAUGAUCGUUAACAACCACACUUCACUGGAUGUGGAAGAGGCCACUGCCCUCAGGGCUCGCCUAAACUGGACAUCCCUCUUGCCUGAGUUGAUUACAAAGAGCUACAAGCCUGUGGUGCAGACCACAGGAAAUCCUAGGAUUGUCCAGGAGAUCCCUCAGCUGCUGGAUGCCCGUGCUGCCCCACUCAUCGCAGACCAGGAGGUGCUGCGGGACCUCCCAAAGACCUACAUUCUGACGUGCGAGCACGACGUUCUUAGAGACGACGGGAUCAUGUAUGCCAAGCGUUUGGAGAGUGCAGGUGUGGAGGUGACCCUGGAUCACUUUGAUGAUGGCUUUCACGGGUGCAUGAUUUUUACCAGCUGGCCCACCAAUUUCUCAGUGGGGAUUCGGACUAGGAAUAGUUACAUCGAGUGGCUGGAGACCAACCUGUAAAGAAGUAAAACUUGUAGAAGGCUCCAACAAGCUCCUCUUUGACCUCCUGUACCUGCUUUGGAAAAAUACAUUUGGGGGUUGACUAAUCCUUCCUCCCAAACCCAAAACUACCCUCAACUACUGCUUCCCCCAAUUGCUUAUGAGUUACAGAAUCUGUAUUCCUUGGAGACUUUAUGAUAAUCUAAUAUUUUAAAAUUAAUUUGACUAAUAUAAGUGCAAAAACAUCUGA